UUAUCCUUUGCCUCAUCCGCGGGAGAAGGGAGAAAAAAAGCCAUAAGCAAUCAACUCGCCUGCUUGUUUUUCCUUUUUUAUUUCCCCUCUCCUGCUCCCUUCCUGUUGUCAAGGGGGGUAAAAUCCUCUUUUAGAAGGAGCUUUUCUAGGUCCAUGCACGGACGGCAGCAAAUUGGAAGAGGUGAGCAGCCGGCAGAAGAUGUGAGAGCUGGAAGGGCCGUGCCGUGGGAGUGGUCCUCGCUUUGUGUGCAAGCGAGGCAGUGAGUGUGCAGCCUCCCACUCUGGGUGCAUCUUUUUUUGGAUGCUGUGCAGUUCCCUGUGUGAAAUGCUUUUUUGGUUAAAAGAAGAAGAGAUGUCACAUCAGGAGCUCACCCAGCGACUGACUACGGUUAUCACCCAUGUGGAUGAAAUCAUGCAGCAGGAGAUACGGCCGCUGGUUGCAGUGGAUAUAAUAGAGCAGCUCCACAGGCAGUUUGCGAUCUUGUCAGGAGGAAGAGGGAAGGAUGGGGCACCCAUUAUAACAUUCCCCGAAUUUGCAGGAUUCAGUGACAUACCUGAUGAAGAUUUUCUGAAUGUGGUCACAUAUCUAACCAGCAUUCCCAGUCUGGAGGCUGCCAGCAUUGGAUUCAUCAUCAUCAUAGACAGACGACGGGACAAAUGGAGCGCAGUCAAGGCAUCCCUGACACGGAUAGCAGGAGCAUUUCCAGGAAACCUGCAGCUGGUGUUUGUCCUGCGACCCUCACGCUUUAUCCAAAGGACAAUCGCUGACAUUGGCAUUAAACUCUAUCGCGAUGACUUUAAAAUGAAGGUACCGAUCAUCAUGUUAAAUUCUGUGUCUGAUCUGCAUGGCUAUAUUGACAAAAGUCAGCUGACCCGGGAGCUGGGAGGAACCCUGGAGUAUGGCCACAGUCAGUGGAUACAUCACCGAACUGCUAUUGAAAACUUUGCAAUGACAGUAAAAACAACAGCACAGAUGCUACAGACCUUUGGAACAGACCUAGCAGAGACUGAACUUCCCAACGAUGUGCAGUGCACAGAGGAGCUCCUCGCCGCACACACUGACCACCAUAGCAAGCUGAAGGAUGAACUGAAACUAGCUGUGAAGCAGGGGGCCACCCUACUGACAUGCAUUAGGGAGCCAGUCACCCGAAGUGCCAACAGCAAACUCAGUCCAGAUGAACUGGAAAACGUGGCAACAGUAGAAAGGUUGUUGGCUCAGUUGGAUGAAACAGAAAAGGCUUUUGAUCAAUUUUGGACCAAGCAUCACUUAAAACUAGAACAAUGCCUGCAGCUUCGACACUUUGAACAUGAUUUUAGAGAGGUGAAAUUGACAUUGGAUAAUCUCAUGGAAGCACAAGCAAGUUUUGCUGACAUUGGAGACAGCGUGACUCGAGUGGAGCACCUCCUAAGGGAACAGAAACAACUGGAAGAGAAAGGACAGGAACCUUUGGAGAAGGCCCAGUCUCUAGCUCUCCAUGGAGAACAGCUCAUCCAAAACAACCAUUAUGCAGUUGACUCCAUUAGACCAAAGUGUGUUGAACUUAGGCGUAUUUGUGAUGACUUUACUAAUGAGACCAAGAAAAAGUAUGACAUUUUGGGAAAGUCUCUUGAGCUGCAUAAGCAGUUAGAUAAGGCAAGCCAGUGGUGUGAAGCUGGAAUCUACCUCUUAGCUUCCCAAGCUGUGGACAAGUGCCAGUCACAAGAGGGAGCUGAAACUGCACUCGUUGAAAUUGAGAAGUUCCUGGUAACUGCUAAGGAACACCAGCUCUCUAACCCGAAGGAGUUCUACAAUCAGUUUGACAUGAUCCUCACCUCUGAAAUAAAGGCCAAUGCCCAAAGAAUUCUACAAAAACUAGAAGAUGUACAAGAAAUGUUUGACAAGAGGCAAGUAAGUCUGAAGAAGCUGGCAGCCAAACAGACCCGGCCAGUACAACCUGUUGCCCCACAUCCUGAAUCUUCCCCAAAGCGAGCAUCACCAAAGAUUACCAGACCAGCAGGAGUAGCUACCAACAGGAGGUCCACAGAAAUUUCUUGUCCUCCGAAGUCCAUUUCUGAAGUAGAGUUAUCAAAAAAGAAAAACAUUAAGAAGACUAAAGGUGGAAUUAAGAUUGAAGUGAUGCAUGAAGCUAGUCAAGGAGGAUCUAGCAGAGUGCUGGUGAUGAGUGAAAGUGAUGAGAACUUGUCAACGAGGAGGAGCCACAUAAUCAAUGAGCUGAUAGAAACAGAACGGGUUUAUGUAGAAGAACUUCAAAGUAUAAUAGAGGGGUAUGCUUCAGAAAUGGACAAUCCCAAUUUAGUACACCUGAUUCCAUCUGCACUCCAGAACAAGAAGGAAAUUCUUUUUGGGAACCUCCCAGAAAUCUACGAAUUCCACAACAGGAUUUUCCUUAAGGAGAUAGAAAAUUGCAUUGAAAACCCCGACCUUCUUGCCCGAUGCUUUUUGAAAAGAAAAGAGGACCUCCAAAUAUAUGAAAAAUACUGUCAGAACAAGCCAAGGUCUGAAGCUCUCUGGAGACAGUGUGGAGACAGCAUCUUUUUUCAGGAAUGUCAACGUAAGCUGGAUCAUAAACUCUCACUAGAUGCUUAUCUCUUAAAGCCAGUCCAGAGAAUCACAAAGUACCAGUUGCUGUUAAAGGAAAUGCUGAAGUGCAGCAAGAACUCGGAGGGUACCGCUGAAUUGGAAGAAGCCCUGGCCACAGUGCUGGAUAUCAUCAAAUCAGUAAAUGACUCCAUGCACCAGAUAGCAAUCACAGGAUAUGAGGGGGAUGUCAGUGAGCUUGGCAAACUGUUGAUGCAAGGUUCCUUCAAUGUGUGGACUGACCACAAGAAGGGGCACAACAAAGUGAAGGACUUGGCUAGAUUCAAACCAAUGCAGAGACACCUCUUCCUCUAUACAAAGAUGCUGCUUUUCUGCAAGAAACGGGAGGAGAACACAGAUGGUCAUGAGAAGACAGCUUCAUACAGCUUUAAAAAUUCAUUAAAGAUGAGCACUGUGGGCAUUACAGAAAAUGUAAAAGGGGAUAACAAGAAAUUUGAGAUCUGGUAUAAUGGCAGAGAAGAGGUCUACAUCUUUCAGGCAUCUUCUGUUGAGCUGAAAAACACCUGGAUUUCAGAGAUUCGCAAAGUCCUGACAGGACAACUGGAAGCGUGUAGAGAAGCAAGCCAACUGCACCAAAGAAUCACCGAGAGUGUAUACCAUGCACCCAUGGAUUCCUCCAACGCGAGCAGGUAUAGCAGGAAGUCAUCAAGUAUAUAUGAAAACAAAUCCGAGACAUCAAACGUGGAAACAUCUAACAAUAAAAACAGGAAUUCCAGUCCCAGCGCCAGACAAAAGAGAGUUGAUGCUUCCACCAGCCUUAACCUUGAGCGCACAGCGCUUGCUAGAAAGCGAUUCACAUUGCAAGGUCUUUCCAACCGCAGAGCUCCACCCAAAGAUCCAGAAUCUAAGGAAAGAGAAGUUACCCGUCGCUUUUCCCUAGCCUCCUCCAUCAGCACCACAGUUAAUGCUUCUGCUGUGACCAAAGGUCCCCUUGUUCCUGCAGUUAAAGUCAAGAGACAUGAAAUAAAGAGUGACCCAACUCCCCUGGGGUUUGAAGAUGCUUUUGAGAACACCAUAUUGGCCCAGACUAAAUGUAAUACCGGUUCCACCACGAGGCCCGUACCUAGAUCUGCUUCACAGACAGGUUGGCCCAGCAGGCAAAUGCCAUCUUUAGACACAUUUGAAGAUUUUGAAGCCAUUCCCUCCAGCACAGAUGAACUCUCCAACUCUUCUGACUUGGAGGAGGAGACCAACCCUAACAAUGGGACCAAUCUUUUUCGGGUAGAAGGCAGUUUUGACAGCUGUUUCCCGGAUUCUCUUAUGCUUGAGGAUGGAGACUUAGUGCAGUUUGUGCAGGAAGGCGAGAACGGUCAAUGGUUAGUGAAGAAACUGGUCUCUGAGAAAAGCGACUGGGUCCCUUCCAGUAUACUGCAGCCAGCAGAGGGAGACAGUAACAACAUAAUUAAGAAUAGCAAUGCAGACACAUACAACGAUUCCUGCAGUACGGCCUCAGUAGAGUCAGACACCAAGGAGACCGAGGUGGCCAAAAGCUUCCCAGCAGAACAGAGGGCUGGAAGCUGAACAGCAGGACCAGCCUUCCUCUGUUUAUUAUGGGUGGACACUGGAUCAAAGUUGCCUUUCUCACAAGCUCUGAGAUUCAUAAUUCACUAAAACUUUUAUCAGCAUGAACACAUGAGAACCGUGCUGUCCACCUGGCAAGCUGCGAAAAACAAACUUGAAGGGAGCAUUAAACAUCCAGAAAGCAUCAAGCCCCACCUUCAGUAUUUGAGGAGAAAAAUGCUUCUUGCAUUGAUUAUCAAACUGUUCCAGAAGAUGUGGCCUAAAUUAGGUCGACAGCGGAGCUGAAGAGUUACUAUGCACGCACCUUUUGGCAACUUUGCUUGAACACCGAGUUACUGCAGAGGGACACAUGCAUGGUUACGAGUUCUUGCUCUACCAUGGGGUCACCUGGAGGUUUUUCCAUUUGCUUCCUCUGGCUGUGCCUUCCCCAUCCUCCUUAAUUCCAGCUGAUACAUCACAAAUGUGCCCUUUUUGCUGAUGGUCAACACCAAAACCAUCCCAUUUUAGGGUGGCUGUGGAAAGGAAACUUCUGACUUGGACCAUCAAAGAGGCUUCGCGCAGCAGUGACGUGACUGCUUUUGCAAUGGCACAGUGAACUGCUGCGUACGGCAUCCCGUUGGAAUGACCAGAUGUCAACUCCUGGCUAUGAGGUGGAGGUGCAGGGCUUAGCAGGGAAGCAAAGAUGCGUGACAGCUACUGUGACAAAGAACAUUUUGAACUCUUUUUACACUACAAGUCAUUCCUCUGCUCCCUCUGCAGUCUGUGGUUGCUGGAUCACAAUCCUUUGCAUUUGGUGCCGAGAAUUCAAUUGAAUGCCAUUUAAUGUCAUAUGUUUGAGUAGACUGCAUGCUUUCUUCGUGUGCUGGGCUAUGGAGUAGAUACAUUUCACCCCCCUAUUUGGAAUAUACUUAAGCAUUGCAAAUAGGCAGCGAGCAUUAGAUGCUCCAAUGAGUGGAUAAACUGUUGUUGUUAAAUACUUCUUUCCAGGACAUGUGAUUAAAGGACUGUACCAAAUCUCUGCCACAUAAGGAUGUAAUGUAUAAUAUAUAGUGAUUACAGAUGUUAUUAUUCCUAUACAAGCCAUUAGCUCAUUUAGAGCAGCUGUUAAGGCAUUUUGAUGGUAAUUGGGUCUUAGGUCCCACAAAAGCUGCUAAUACUUUAGAAGAGGUAAGUAAGGACUAAGGGUUGCAAACAGGCAAAGAUCAGCCUGGUAAAAAUGGCUCUAGAAGCUCAAGAGUGACUGGCUUUCACUAUUAGGGAUUUUUUUGUUUAACCCCUUGACUAGUGGUGCUCUAUGUAAAUAAAAAAGGGGACAAAAGCACUAAAAAUGUAGAUGAAACAAAACCAAACUCCGCUCUUUAGUCAUUGAGCCUCCAAGCAAGAUAGUAGGAGUCCUUAUCGUUUCUGCUAUCGUCUUUGCAGGGACCUAAAUGUUUCUCUUUGUGUCUCAGUGGAGGCUGGCAUUGCAGAUAUCUUAAUGUGUGAGUCAGGAUAGCUAUGAAGCAGGUAGAUAAUCCCAUUCAAGAACAAGCCUUAGAGGAGUUGAAGGCUUAUUCAGAUUUUGUUUUCCUGUGAAGGCUUAUUUGUUAAUUAUGAGUUGCGCUGUGGUGAUGAAUUCUCAUGGUUCUUUUAACCCUCAGUAGCUAAACUCUGUGAUUUCUGAUGUUUCCGUUCAUGACUAAAAGACCUGAGAGUUCUGUACCUUUUUGGAAGCUAAUUUUGUUGUACAGGCAUAGAGCUUUUCUGUUUUGUGCUGGUCAUUUAUCUUAAAAAUGACAUGUAGACUCUCAGGAAUAUGAAUCCUGGUAGUCUACUGUAGUUAUGCACAUCUUGAGGGAAGAAUUGAUUCCUUUCAGUCCCCUAAGGAAAUAUGCAGUGAUGUUUUCUUGUAGUGCACUUAUUUUAUUCUCUCCCUAAAACGAGUUCGUUUUGGUUUCUCUAUUACUUUCAGUAAUUUUUGCACAACGUGUUAACAGAGCUUCUGUCUACCCCUGCCCUAAGCAUAGGAGAGGAAAAGGGCAGGGAGCUUUGAUUGCACAUUAAUAAAUAUAGUAAGCUUGUGUGUGUGUGUGAGAGAGAGAUGUGGUAGGGAUAUCCUGGGUAUAUGAAACUGCCAAAACUAGGAUUUGUGGCAUUGCUGACAGAUGGAAAGAUGUAAACCUGCACUUUGGAGUUUCUUUGGAGGAAUCUCAUUCUAACGGUGAACUGCCAAUGGGAAAUUUUCGAACUGAAGAUGGAAAAUCGGGUAUUGUCAGUCCGUUUCCUACCUCUGCUGUAUGCAGGGUGACAGUGUGCUAGUCCUGUAUCCCCUGGUGCCUCGGUAUCUUCCUGUAAAAUGGGAGCUAUUUGAUUUCCUACGUGUCAAAUUCUGAUGCUAAAUUUUAGCAUGUGUGGAACACUCGGGGACCCUCCAGGGGACAGCAAAGCAUUCAACCCUGCUGUGACCUCCCUGAGUGUCGGUGGGAUAGCCUAGAGCUGGAGCAGGGAAGAGAAUUGCUGCAGAAGGGUCUCCAAUCUCCCAGCUCACCAUCUUAUCAUGACAACUGCAAAGGUAUGGGCUGGAUUAUAACAGUUAUCCUCCCUACAUUGCUUUUGAAAGUGAUUUUUAUUUCAUUUUCUCAAAUCUCAUGUUUUAUCCUGUUGGACCAAGAUUGGAAUCACUCCUGCACCAUGAAUGUCCUGAGGAUGACAAGUGACUCGCUGCCCCGUGGCUGUGUGCAGCAGUGGCACAGCACCCUGGUCUCAGUGGUCGUUGUGAGCUGAUUGUAUCACCGCUAUCCUUGGACGCUGCUGAGCCUGAGCAGGCAGCCCACAACCAUUAAUUGUGUCUUUAAUCUUCCCGCAGUGCCAUUGAGCCAAAGGCACCUGCCUGUUUCUGACUCCACGUUCCAAGCUCAGACCCUUCUGCAACCACUGCAGCUGCUGCUGGGGAGUAACUGGGCCCUUUGCCUGCUCCAUGCCUGCGGUGAAAAUGUCAGUGAGGCAGUGCCACGCUGCUGGGUUUGCUUUCUUAAAGAAUGAAGAGUUCAGUGACAGAUCAGACAAGUCUGAGAGCAGCCAACAAGAAGUAACCUUCUGGCUUUGCUGAUGAGACAAACUGGGGUUUGAUGACUUCUUUUUUUUUUUUUUUUUUAAUACUAGACAAGAUAGUCUUUUAAUUAGUGUAUUUCUGUCAAGCAAGGUGAUAAUUAAGGGAAUGACUCUCCAUGUACAGUCUAGAAUAUGAUUUGGUAAUGUCCAGCAAGACUAAUAUCUAUGUGAAGGUAUACUUAUUCUCUAUGUAGGUCAUUGACACAAUCAUUUUCAGGUAGUGGACCUAAAAAUCAUAGUUUUCAAAUAUGGAUUUCAUUUCAGUGUUGUUUGGAGAUGAUAUAGUGACCAGAAAGUCAUUUAAAAGUACUGGUUGCUACUAGGUUUCAGCUGUAGAAGAGACAAGGUCCGAGGUGGAUCUAUGCUGUAGCAGCACUCUGGUUGAGCAUUGUGGCCAUGGUGCUUGACCAGCGAGUCUGUGCCAGAUGCCUGGCUGUUCUCUCUGGGUCUGGAUUAGUGAGACCUGCCCUCCAGGCUGAGGUUUUGACUUGGAUCUCCUUCCACUGCUCUGCUGCCAUCUACUGUGAAACCUUCAGAAACUUCCUAUCCUCAAAUCUCUGCCCUCUGCUCAGUAGGGUGUAGCUGAACAACAGAAUCCUUCCUUACUGGUGGGAAUGACAAACAGUUAGAUGGGCAGUUGUCAUGAUACUCACGUCUUGCUUUUAGUAAAGCAGGCUAAAUUGUAAUCAGGCCUGAUCCUCCCCUCUCACGCUCUAACCCCCAGGUGGAGAAUCAGACCAAUGGUUGUUGUCUUGAAAUGGCUGCGGCCAAACCAUGUCUGAACACUGGCUUUUCUUGCCAGUGACAACGAAGCUCUGUGUGUGUGUGUGUGUGUGUCUUAUAUUCUGGUUGUGUAUGUGAUGAAAAGCCAUUUUAUAAUUUGUAAUUUUCUUAGACUCUGAGAUUUCAAACAGGAUUGUGUAUGAGAGAGGCCAUGUGCUUACUUUCCAAAAAAUACUCAAAGCCUGACUUCAAAUAUAUGUAUGAUUAGAAAUAUAUAAGAAUAAUAA